UAACGGCGCGCCGGAUCGCACGUGCUUUGUCAAAUGUGUGGUUUUGUUUGUUGUCAUAAUACAUGCGGCGACCGCUGUCAAAAGGGCAGCAGCUUGUAGCACUUUGUGGAAACAGCUUUUGUUUUUAGCAUAUUCUGAAGCAACCCAAGAAGCGUCCUCGCAAUGGCAGAGCUGCUGCCAAAUGUUGACAUCGCGGAGGUUGAACGAGACCCUGGCUUUCUUGGGUUUCUAAGGUCCCUGCCAGAGAAACCUGCAACUACAUUCCGCUUCUUUGACAGAAAUGACUACUACACAGUCCAUGGAGCAGAUGCUGAGUACGUCUGUAGGGAAAUGUACCGCAGCAUGUCUGCACUCAAGUACCUUGGCUCAGGUGACGCACGUGUGGCAUCCGUAUGUGUGAGCCAGCGUAGCUAUGAAAACCUUCUUUCUGAACUGCUGCUUGUCAAGCACUACCGGGUUGAGGUGUACCGAAACACAGGUGCACGUGGUUCCACCUCCUGGUCCCUUGCCAUACAGGCAUCUCCUGGCAACUUGGCACCGCUGGAAGAUGUCCUAUUUGGAGCCAGCAAUGGGGGCCUUUCAGAGUCCAAAGGAGUGUUGGCUGUUUCUAUGCAUUCCAACCAACAAACCCUGGGUAUUGCUUACGGAGAUGCGGUCCUGCAGCAGCUGACGGUGGCGGAAUUUAUGGAUGAUGAGCAUUUCUCAAACCUCUGCGCUGUGCUGGCCCAGCUGAGCCCCCAGGAGUGCCUGCUGUCUGCCACGGAUGCAAAGCGUUGCCCCGAGCUGAAGGCCCUCUUGGAGCGUUCUGGUGCCCUGGUCACCGAGGCAAAGACAAGUGAUUUCAACUCCAAAGAAAUUGCACAAGACUUGAGCUGCUUGUUGCAGCCGUCCCAGCUACCACAGGGGCAGGCAAACAUGUUGGUUGAACUGGAUCAGAAGGUGGCCAUGGACGCUUUGGCAGCGGUCAUCAAAUUCCUCAGCCUGACAUCAUGUGCUGAGCACCUUGGCUGUCUUCGGCUUUGCACAUUUGAAUUUGGUCAGUUUGUGCGCCUCAACAAUGCAGCCAUUCGAGCUCUGGCUGUACUGCCAGCAGAUGGGGAAGGUAGCAAGGCAGCCGCUGAGCCGAGCCUUCUGCGUUUGCUGAACCGGUGCCGCACAGUGGGUGGCCAGCGGAUGUUGAGCCAGUGGUUGCGACAGCCACUCUGCGACCUCAAUCGUAUUGAGGAGCGGCUGGACCUGGUGUCCUUGCUGGUAGACGACUGGGAGCUGCGGCAAAGCCUCCACGAACAGUUCCUGCGACAGUUCCCCGACCUUCUCAGGCUGUCACGUAGACUUCAUAAACAGCGGGUUUCCCUGCAGGAAAUAUACAAGCUGUAUCAAUGCCUGCAAGUGCUGCCUAAAAUGCGGGAGGCAUUGACCAAGGCAUCCGAGUCCCACAAGUCACCACUACUUGGCGCCAUUUUCGCCACGCCAAUUCAGGAGUUGGAGGGAGAUUUCAGCAAGUACCUAGAGAUGGUGGAAAGCACGCUGGACUUUGAAGCUGUCGAGCAGGGAGACUUCCUGGUGAAGCCAGAGUUUGACGGCGAGCUCCAAGCGCUUCACGAGGAGUUAGAGAAAGUGAAAAGUGAAUGUGAAAGCUACCUCAGAAAGGCUGCAAAAGACCUAGGCCUGGAAGCUGCCAAGACCAUAAAGUUGGAGACGAGUAAAGAUCUGGGCUACUACUUCAGAGUGACCCGCAAGGAGGAGCCAGUAUUGCGUUCACGCACGGGAUACACGACUAUCGACACCAAGCAGAAUGGCGUGCGCUUCCGCAAUAGAUCGCUGACUGAAGCUAACGAACGUUUUCUGGAGGCACGAAAGGCGUACGAUCGUGCCCAGGAAGGAAUCGCCAAAAUGAUAGUCGAAAUCGCUGCUGGCUACUGGGAGCCCCUGCAGCAGCUGUCGGAGGUCAUCUCCCACCUAGACGUCCUAGUUGGCUUUGCAGUGGCAGCAGUGUCAGCCACCAACAAGCCUUUUGUGCGGCCCACCAUGCGUCCCAAAGGCUCAGGUGUGAUACGGAUGACAGCUUUGCGCCACCCCUUGGUGGAAGCCCAAGGGGACGUCCUCUUCAUUCCCAAUGAUGUGGAGAUGCGCAAAGGUUCAAGUUCUUGCUACAUUAUCACUGGUCCAAAUAUGGGUGGGAAAUCGACCUACAUCCGAUCAGUGGCCCUAGCAGUGCUCAUGGCUCAAGUGGGAAGUUUUGUGCCGUGUGAUUCUGCCGAGCUGUCACUGGUCGAUGCUGUGCUGACACGCAUUGGAGCUGGUGACCAGCAGCUCAAGGGUGUCUCUACGUUUAUGGCUGAGAUGCUGGAGUCUGCACACAUCCUCAGGAAUGCCACAGCCGACAGCCUGGUAGUCAUCGACGAGCUGGGCCGGGGCACCUCCACUUAUGAUGGCUUCGGCCUGGCUUGGGCAAUUUCUGAGCAACUGGCAAAGGAGGUGGAUGCCUUCUGCCUUUUUGCCACCCACUUCCACGAGCUGACAGAACUGGCUGCAGAGCUGCCCUGUGUACACAAUGUCCAUGUCACGGCCGAUGUCAGCAAGGACAGUUUUAUACUGCUAUACAAGGUUAAGCCAGGUGUGUGCAGCCAAAGCUUUGGCAUAGAAGUUGCUCAGCUAGCCCAUUUCCCAGAGCAUGUGAUCAAGGAGGCCAGGCAGGUCCUGUCUCAGUAUGAAGGUACUGCAGCUAAAAAGGACGAAACGCCCAUGGAGGACUGAUAUCCUUCCUUGUUUUCCUUAACUAUGUGCCAACAGAUGUUUUUCUCUGUUAUUUUAAAUAAAAAUUAUAGUGCCAGUCA